AUGGAUUAUGGAAGUAUUCUUGAUGAACGAACCAAUCCAGCCGCAUUAAUAGUGAGUUUUUAUGGCUUUUUCGUCCCUUUUUCCCAAAUUGGUAGGUACGCGACGAGAAUAGGAGGUCAAUUUGAUUCAUGAUUGGAGGUAUUUUCGAACUAACAUUAAUUUCGCAGCGGGUGGUCAGUAGUGUGAGAAAACAAAAAAAAAGAGUUGAAGAUGUUAGGAUAAUAUUGAUAAAAGAUCAAUAGUUCAAAAGAGUUUGGAAUAUUAUGAAAAUGCUGAUUUUCCAAAUUCUAAAAAAUUAAUAUCAUCUCAAAAUAAAUGUUAUAAAUAGCUGUGAAAAGGUGUCUCUACAAAAAUGCUUCAAUUUUCUGGUUCACUGGUUUUUCUAUAAAAAAUUGUUUCCGGAAUAAUUCAGAGAUCUGGUUCAAUAGAAUAUUUUUGAGAAUAGCUUUUUCAAAAGAGGAAUGUAAUUAAAAAAUUUAAUUCCAUAUUUAAAAUGUUAAAAAUACGUUUCUAAAUCAAAAUUCUGAAUUAAUGUUCCUAUUUUUACAAAAAAAUUUCUGAUUUCUACAUCUACCCAAUUGACAAUUGUGAGUUUCGAAAUUUAAGUUGGAAAGAAACAUGAAAAAAAUUUGGAAAAAAUUGGAACAUUUGCUGUCAUAGGAUUAGAACACAUUCAGAAACUAGUCAGACAUAUCCAAAAUUAUGAUACAUAUCUUGAGAGAUAAAACCAGAAACAUAUAUAGGCGUGUCAUUUCUCAACUAAAGAUCACAUUGGUUUUCUGGAUUCGCUGAUAAUCCUCAAAUUUAACUCUAUCAUCAAAAAUUCACAAUUAAAAAUUCAAAUUCUCACAAACAAACUUACAUCUUUUUCCUUGAACGAAGUUUCUUCAACAAUUUUUUCAUCCGCUUUCCUGAAAAACUUGGGAUUAUCAUGUUUACUUGUUGAAACUCGGAAAAAAAACUCAUAAAAAGGAAAAAACUCAUGAAUAAACCCCAUAAUUUAUUGAAGUAAAGUAAAAUACCCUUUUUUAUUUAUGUAUCAGGUGAUCCAAGAAAAAAUGACAUAAUUUUUUUUAGAAAGGAGAACUAGCUAGAUAUAUUCCAUUUUUUCGAGCAAAUGAAUGAAAUAUUCAUAGUCUGAGAGAAGAAAUAUGAUUUUCUUCCUUUUUUUCUAUAAUUUUUGAUGUUUUGCAGAAUGCACGUGAACAGUAUAUGCGUCAGUGUUCACGCGGUGAACCAUCCGCUGUCGCCACUUUUGCUUAUGCUCAUGCAAUGAUUGGAUCAAAAAAUAAACUUGAUGUGAGAGAAGGAAUUUCUGCACUCGAAAGUGAGUUAUCAAAAAAUUUAAAAAAAAACGAUGAUUAAACAAAAUUAAUUUCAUCAUUUUUUAGAAAUGCUACGCGACGAGGAUGAUGUGACUGGAAAACGACAUUAUGUGUAUUAUUUGGCAUUGGCAUAUGCGAGAUUGAAGGUGCGUGACAAAAGUUGUUUUUCAGAAUCUAGUUUUGUUAUUUUCUUAUAAUGAGAUUUUACUUUUGGAACAAGUUGGGUUGAUUAAAUCUUGGAUUUUGAUCUGUCUGGGAAUUUGUUUUGAAAUAAAUUGAAACUUGGUCUAAACUUAGGAUAAGAUUGAAUGUUGAAUGUUAGCUAAAAAAAACAAGAAACACGUUUUGUGAAAGAAUAUUAUGAUGAGAUCAUACGAUCACAACAAUAUUAGAGAUUAAAAUUAUUUUGGUAUUGAAACAUAUUCAGUAUCCAAUAAUCUAGCGAUACAAACUGGAAACGUAAACUCUAUCAUGAAGUUUUCUAAAAUCAGUUCAACAAAACUAAAAGUUUCAAAACAAGAAUAAUACUUUUUCUCAUGAAACAAGCUGCAGAAUCCCAUAGUUUCAGAGAAAAAAAUAAUGAGGAUAAUUAUGCAUUUCUCAGGUAGUUUUCUAUUUUUCCCAGAAAUUAUUUUUUUUAAUUUUGUGAUCUUGAAACAAGGAUUAGUCUUAAAAUUCAUACGAUAAUUUUCAAAUCUAAAAAAUACAACUUAUGAGAUGUUUCUAUAAAUAUUAACUAGAAAAAAGACUAUGUGAAUAUCCGGAUACAUUUUCCUAGCUGAAAUACAAAAUCAAAAUAUAGACAUAUUUCCAGGAAUACGAUGUGGCUCUCCAAUACAUUGAUAUUCUUCUCGAAGCUGAAAGAAACAAUUCACAAGCGCAAAAUCUGAAAGAAGCUAUCAAAUCAAAAAUGACUCAUGACGGAUUGAUUGGUGCUGCAAUUGUUGGCGGCGGAGCAAUUGCAUUGGCCGGUUUGGUUGCCAUUUUCUCACUCGCUCGAAAAUAA